UAGGAGCAAAUGGACUCAGAUUGGACCGAAACACAAGAAUCUGACCCUGGGGUUUUGAAGGGGGUGUUGAAGGGCUUCCGCAAGCCCCGGGUCCGCGGGCAGGCGGGACGGUGUUCGCUAAGCCCUCCAGCCCACCUGCUGCCCUCGGGCCAGGGCCUUGGCUCCCUGGCGCUGCAACUUUCCCAGCCAGGCCGGUUGCUGCCGGUGUGCCUGCCUGCGUGUCCAUAGCCUUUCUGGGAUUCGUAGUUUCUACCCAGGUCCCAAGGACCAUUUCGGUUAAGAGUUCUAAUAAACACCUGUUUAGAGAGCCCUUGGUUUGUGUCAGCCACUUUACUAAGGGUUUUGCGUACUAUCCUUAGAAGUCUUACAACACCUAGGAUAGUUACUACUUACAAUUUAUAGAUGAAUAUACCUAGGCGAAAGUAAGUGGCAGAACUGACAAAUCCAGACCUACCAGACCCCAGGUAGAGCACUUCUACCAAUAAGUUGUUGUAUUUUACAUGUAUUUGUUUUUUAUGAUAAAAAGUAACAAACAUUACCUGUAAAUAGUAAUAAUGAGCCCUCAUACACCCAUCACCCAAAUUUUGUUCUUUUAAUUAAAUCGCAAGCACAUAGCACCUCACCUCUCAGAACAAAUUUUUUGGCAGUCUGUGGGUUAUACAUAAUCUAUUAAGGAAGCCAUCUUUCAUUGCAUUAACUGCUGCACCCACUUGGCUCUCCUUACUAUUAUUUGAGAACCUAAAAACCACCAGAAACUGUAGUAAGUGCUUUUACAAGCAUUAGUUAUAGCGAAUAUUUACUUUGGACUUAACUAUGUGCAGGCCUUUGUUAAGGACUUUAUGUGCAUUGUCUCUUUUAAUCCUAGCAGAUUGAUGAUUUGGUCAUUUUACAAAUAAAAAACAGACAUAGAGAUUCAUAAAGUUGUCCAAGAUCUAACAAAUAGUGGAGUUAGGGUUUGCACCCUCUCUGUCUAACACCAGUACCUAUCCUCUAACCGUUAGAUUAUGUAGCCUCUUGUAGUAAUAAAUGUUGAGCAAAUAGACUCACGUCCACGAACUUUCUCAGGGGUGUACAUAUUGUUUCCCCAAUCAUAAACUUCAGAGGGAAAGUUUUCCAUCCACCAGGCCCCAGCGCCUAUUUCAUACCUGUUCUAAAGAACUUACCAGGUUGUAUUGCAAUGAUUUUUGUUUACAUAGCUAGUUUUCCUUUUACUGCUUCAAGGCCAGGGACUAUGUCAUUCAUUUUUAUGUCCCUAGGGCUUAGCUGACAAACAGCUGGGACUCAAAACAGUUUGCUAAGUGAAUGAAUGAAUCAGUCCACCUCUCUUCAGUGCUGCACAACACAGCAGAAACCCAGCUCAGAUAUAAGUUGAAAGGCCAUAGGCUUCUACUUAAGAGGGCUCAGCUUUCCUAAUUCUUGAGAGACCCUUGGACAUGUCAGGGUGUAUUCUGGAGUACUGGCAUCUAGAAGAGGGGGAGGAAGGCCCAAACACUGUAAGUAAUCCAGGCUUGGGUUGGAAAACAAGGUUGAAGUUACUCAUUAGCAGGUGAAAGGGUCAAGGGUCAAGGCAAGGGGGCUGGAAGCCGAGUGGACUGAGUAACUAGCAGGGGGAGAGAGCAGUUAAGGCACCAGCCACUUCACGAAGAGCACCAGCUCCCUCCUGCCUGAAGAUGUUCUACCAAAUAUGGGCAGCUCUAUUCUACCUCUAUGGUAUUCUCCUUAACUCCAUCUACCAGUGCCCUGAGUUCAGUCAACUGACAACUCAGGGAGUGGAUGGGAAAGAGUUCCCAGAGCCACACCUGGGCCGGUGGUACUUUAUCGCAGGGGCAGCUCCCACCAAGGAGGAAUUGGCGACUUUUGACCCUGUGGACAACAUUGUUUUCAACAUGGCUUCAGGCUCUGCCCCCACACAGCUCCAGCUUCGUGCUACCAUCCGCACGAAAAAUGGGCUCUGUGUGCCCCGGAAAUGGAUCUACCACCUGACUGAGGGGAGCACAGAUCUCAGAACUGAAGGGCGCCCAGACAUGAAGACCAAGCUCUUCUCCAGCUCAUGCCCAGGUGGAAUCAUGCUGAAAGAGUCAGGCCAGGGUUAUCAGCGCUUCCUCCUCUACAAUCGCUCACCACACCCUCCUGAGAAGUGUGUGGAGGAAUUUCAGUCCCUGACCUCCUGUUUGGACUCCAAAGCCUUCUUACUGACUCCCAGGAAUCAAGAGGCCUGUGCGCUGUCCAGUGACUGACCUGUGGCUUCAUCUGUGCCCCAGAUGGUUAUGGUGGGAGCUGCAGUUGUGCUGCAGGGAGAAGCUGGAGACUCCCAGCUCCCUUUCAAGAGUAAUAAAGAUGGUUUUUCAAUCCUCA